GAAAGGAAAGCCACUGGCGUGGCACGAGCUGCUUCUACGAACGAGUGAUAUACUACUAUUUGACCCAUAGAAAAACGCUCCCGUCGCACGCGAAAACAAUGACCGUUUUUGCGGUACCAAUGGCGAUCGUCGUAGUGGCUGCGGUGGUCGCACCGGCGCUGACAGUUGUUCCGGAGUCAACGAAUCCUGCGAAUGAGCUUGAGACGUUCCCGCGUCUCAAGGGAACGAACCAGGGUUUGCACGACUUCAUACGAAUGAUAGCUUCAACAGGAGCCCAGAGCCAAGUUGUGGGCAGAGUGCCUCCGGGUAGUGACCCAACCAAAGUUGCAGCUGCACUUCAGACUCGACCUCCUAUAGAAGAAGGCAAGGUCUGCCACAUCGACGUACUCAUGCCGCAAAAGGUGUUGGGCCGGUGCAUAGCUCUGGAUGGCGCGCCUACAUGUAUGGCUAAAGACCGAAUGGAGACAAACUAUCGAGAUUGCCUUGGACUAAGUAGUUAGGAUCAAUGUGAUCUUUCUAGGCAUUUCGGACACGGCGGCGUUUACCCUCUAGAAUACUUUAGAACAGACAGAAAUAUAUACAGAAGGUGGGAAACCCUGCUUAAGAAGAUGACUCGCAGAAGCUCCAGAUAUUCUCGCUUUAUCGUAGCAUCGCCUAAAUAGGCUAGACGCACAUG